CCAAAGUUGGAGAGAGGCGAGCGCGCUCCUCUGCUCUCUCAAGCAAGCAAGAAAGGGGAGGAGUUGCGUAUGGGCAUUUGUUGACGACGGCAGCACAACCGCACCGCAGCAGCCAAGCGCAAGCAACACAACGCAGCCACAUCUGCACGGAGUUGCGCAUGCACGUGCGUGUUUGACGGGUCAAACCAAACUCCACGCACCCUGCCAAGGCCACACUCAAUUACUUCCUCGCUCGACUUGGCGGGACUCGCACACCCAUCACAUCACGACCCCUUCCAGAAACAGCUGCACCAACAACACGAACAGAAACCAGCAGCAACAAGCACCACCGCAACAACUGCAAGCAGCCGCAACAAGUGGCAAACGCGUGUUAGGUUCAGCCUAGCCGCACUUGGUUGGCCCGUCCUCCUUUCAUCCCGCCACACCACUGAUCAGACUCGCCACUGACAACACACAACACACACAUCGCGACGCCACCUCUCAACAGUCUCCAUUUCACGGCUUAUCCUUGCUUGUUUGACACCAACCAACACCGCACGAGCACACCAAACGCACGAGCGACUCAAACAAUCACGAGCACCUACCACCUUUCGUAUUGUAUCGCGCUGUGCUUGAGAACGAAGCACGCCAAUCAAGCCGCCUUUGACUUGCCCUGCCGGGAGCAAGACAGAUAGACAGAUAGACAGAGAGGGCGAUGCAAGAGAUGUCUGCGCUCACACGCGGCUCGCACGCGGGCAUUGGUCUGCCCAUGGACACGCAAUCGGUCGUCACCAUUGAAGACGACGAGUUUGAGGCCAUCCUGGAAGCCAUUCGCGAUCACCUCGAGCACACGGAGGAGACCCUGCAGGAUGCACUGCAGCGCCACGACACCCUCCAGCACCAACACCAACACCAACUGCACCAUGGCGACGAGCACCAAACCCCGCGCGGACACUCACCAUCAUCGCCAUCGUCAUCUGUACGCGCAGCGACGCGCCAGCUUGCCACCCUCUCGCGCGACAAGGUGAUGGGCCUCCCACCGCACGUGAUUGAGGCGGCCUUGCACAGGGUGUCACGGGCCGAGCGUGCGCGCGGCGGGUCUGCAGGCGCACGUCGCAUCGACAACCGCAACGCCGCGUUUAUCCAGCGCAUUCGCGAGCGGCAGCGGGCAAAUGCGGCAGCGACACGCGCGCGGUUGCAGCUGGAAGUCGACCUGCCGAGCGAGGACAGGGCAGACGAGAUCCUCGCUGAGCGCGCAGAUGCGGUUGCGGACGCGAAGGAGGCGUAUGCGACGGCCCUGCGCGCAAAGGUGGCGCGCCAGCGCAAGCAGCAGCGGGAGCGGGAAGAAGCACAGGCGCGCAAGGAGGAGGCAGCACGCGCACGUGUGCUCCGCGCAGCGCAGCAGAAGCAGCAGAACACGCAUGUGGUUGAGGACCAACGACGACAGCAGGCGGAGACGGAGCAAGCCAUGGCGUCGUACCUUAACCAGCUGCCAAAGUCGCAGUUUUACCGCGAUAUCCAACAGGAGCACGAGUCACGGCAGCGUGUUACGCGCAUCAUGGGGUCGCUCAAGAAGACUGGCACCACCAACCUUUACAACAACAACAACGGCGGCAGCGGCAGCAACAACCACCAUCACCAUGACAGCCCUGCGCUCCGUCGCAACGUUGGCGUUACGCGCAGCACGCCCAACUUGCACGGCCCGCCCGUGAACGUGUCAUCCGUGCCGCCGAGUCCAAGUUUCAGCGAAGAGGGUGACGGCGAUAUUGACAGCGGUGAUGGCGAUGAUCGCGGCGGUGCGAGCGCGGGGAAUGACACCUCCCCCGUGAACUCGUGGGCGCUGACUGGCGUGGAGCAAGCAGCACACCGCCGCGCCCUGCAGCGCCAGCAGACCAAGGGCAGGAGCACAAGCACACCAACCAACAACGCCAACACGAGCGUGUCCAGUGACGGCAGCAGCCCGUAUCCGCCCAAAGGCAGUAAAGGCCGCCGCAACAGCUCCUCUGUCUCCCCGCGCGCUGUUCGGCGUACGGGUGCACACGACCAUGGGUCUGCCACGGCGCACGGCAGCAGCAAAGCCACGCCGCUGGGGCGCAGCGCACACACGCAGAGCCUUCACGAUGGCCGCCAUGGCAACACCCACCAGCAGCAGCAUCUUCAGCAUCAGCAUGGUAGUGUUGCUGGCAGCAACGGUCGGCGUCGUGGUCUGCACCGCCGCCGGGCCACGGUGAGCGAUUUGCUGUCGCUCGUGGAGGAGAAGGAAGGCAGUGGCACGCCAGCAGCUGGCGCACCAUCGCAGCGCCGCACGCGCGGACGGGCGCGCGCGGACAGCACCAAGGCAGAGGUGACGUCGCGACUGAAUGCGGAGUACCGCACGCUUGAGGACUGGCAGCAGCGGCCGGACCUCAAGGUCAUGCGCACCAUCUUCGGCACGGACACGGACACGCAGCUGCGCGAACAGCAGCGGCGGCAGCAGUUGCAGCGCGAGCAGGAGCGGCGGCUGGCCCGGCGCGCGGCUAAACGCAAGGAGCUGAAGGAUAGGAUCCUAUCCAUGGCGCACGAGGCGCUGAUGCAACUUGACGAACAAGAGCGGCUGGCGCGUGCAAUGGGGGACAUGGAUUUCAACAUGGACGUGUCUGGAGACGCGCAGUCCUACACGGCGUCGUUUCUGGAGGAGAGCCUGCGCAACGGGCUCGGUCGUCUGCAGAAGGUGGAGGGCGAGAUGCAGGCCAUGGUUGCGCUCGCCAGCGGCAAGGGCAGUGCAGCGAACAGCCAGAGCGGCGCUGAUGGAAGUGGAAGCGAUGGCGGUGACGGGCGGGGUCGACAGACGGCAGCGCGGCGGCGGUGGAGCCGGGCAGUGGCAAAGGCGCGCAGGAUGAGGCGGGGGUCCAAGAUGGGCAACACCACCCACACCUCCACGUCCAGCAGUGGGGCCAAUGGUGACGGAAAUGGGGCCGGUACAGGGGCAACAGCGGCGCCGCGUGCAGCCCGGAGGCCACUGCGACGCAGCACAACGCUGCUGGCCAAGCCAAUGCCGGUUGAGGUGGGCACGCGCCGGCUCCCGACACCAUAUCGCAACCCCGAGCACGCAGGACAGCAGGAUGGUGGUAGAGAUUGCGGGAGUGAUGGUGGUGUGGAGCAGGGAAAAGGUGACGCCGGUACAACGACGCGUGACGGUGCGGAGGGUGCAGAUGGCGAAGAAGCAGCAGAGGCAGCGGUGGCGGCGCAAGUUGGAGUGCUGCACGAAGCACAGCAAGACGAGCAGCAGCAGCAGCAACAACAACAACAGGUACAGGUGCAUCAUCACGUGCACUCUGAGCAUGACUUUGCACACGAUGAUCAGCAGGAAGCGAUGUCGGUGUCUGCGUCGUCGAGCUGAUAUCAAAGUGGCGGUUGUCUUGUAGUGCUCGUUUAUGGCCACGUGUUUGUUUCGUUCCCCGUGCUUUGUUGGAGCAUAAUUUAUUUCUGCAAUGCCGCCUGCGUCUGUUGUGCUUGCUCCUUCUCUCCUUUAUGUUGCGUUUCCUUCGUUGUGGACUGCAGUUUCCUCCUUUCUUUCUUUCUUUCCUUCUUUCCUCCUUCCUUCACCCCUUCUCAUUUGAGUUGAGUUUAUUUUGCAUUUGAAUCACUGUAUGCAAGCCAUUAGGGAGGUUUACCCUUGCUAUGCAUUACCCAUUUAGUCAGUUGUCUUAGGUGCUUGUUCUCUUGAGAAAGCAAUGAACGCGCGCGCGAACUUACGAC